AUGGCCAACCCUCAAAAUCUGCCAUGGCAAGAUAUCGCUACCAGAAAGCAGGAGGAGAUCUUUGAUGCCAUUCCCUCGGCAUGGGUAGCCGAUAAGCAUCUGCUUUGUGGCCAUAACUUUAUGGAUCUUCCAAAGAGAUGCCCGUCAAUCAUGUCGAAGGAGGAACUUUUCAUCACUGAACAACGAGCUGUAGACAUCCUAUCUCGCAUCCGAGCCAGAACAUGGACAUCUCACCAAGUGACUCUCGCUUUCUGCAAACGAGCUGCUCUAGCCCAUCAAGCCACCAAUUGUCUCGCAUUGAUCAUGUUUGACUCUGCUCUUCAGAGAGCGGAAGAGUUGGACGAUUACACGCUGAAGCACAACAAAACAAUUGGACCACUCCAUGGCCUUCCCAUCUCAGUCAAAGAGCACGUCUACCUCCAGGACACACCGGCAACCUCUGGCUUGAUUUCCUGGGCCGAUGCACCUAGUCCAGGAGACGCAUUGAUCUGUAAGGUCUUCAGAGAAGCAGGAGCGGUCUUCCACGUCAAGACCACGAAUCCACAAACACUUAUGGCCUUGGAAACACACAGCAAUCUCUUCGGCCGCACGACAAAUCCUUACAACACCAGUCUCACAUCUGGAGGAAGCUCUGGAGGUGAAUCGGCGUUAGUGGCUAUGCGAGGCUCGCCGCUAGGCAUCGGCACAGAUAUUGGUGGCAGUAUUCGCGGUCCGAGUGGGUUUUGUGGUGGUUGGGGCUUAAAGUGCAGCGUAGCGCGUAUACCUCACUCAGGACUCAGUGGGUUGCACUCCGGUAUGGAGAAUAUCAUUGGUUGUGUGGGACCUAUGGCGAACUCACUCGCCGAUCUACGACUGUUUUGUGAAGUCGCCUUGGGCGCACGGCCUUGGGACUUUGAGCCCAGUCUCAUCGACUUGCCAUGGCGAAACGUGACUUCCCAGACUUCGCCCAACAAACUCAGGAUAGGGAUUUUAUGGCAUGACGGCGAGGUCACCCCUCACCCACCCAUUCAACGCGCCCUCAAGGACACAGUCAACAAGCUCCGAGCUCAAGGACACGAGAUAGUAAAUUGGGACCCAAGUCUCCACGCCUCAUUGCUCAAAUGGAUCAACACCGCAUACUUCCUCGACGGCGGCGAAGAAUACAAAAAUACUCUGUUGCACGAAUCCGACCCUCCAGUGCCCAUGAUUCAAUGGCUCCUCCACAGCACAACACCGAGACGCCACACCGUUGAGCAGACCUGGGAACUUAACAGCCUACGCGAUAGAUUGCGCACUCAGUUCUCUCUGCAAUGGCGAGAAGCAGAUAUAGAUGCUUUGUUGUGUCCUGUAAACGCUUCUGUGGCCUCUGCUCAUGACGAAAGCAAGUACUGGGGAUAUACGGCUGUUUUCAACGCUACGGAUCUGCCGGGCGUGGUGUUUCCGGUAACCAAAGUUUUGGAGACUGAUACUUGGGCUGAGGAUACACCGGCAGUCAAGGGCGACAAAGAUGCCAUGUACAGAAGAUUCUGGGAUGAGGGUGGCCCGCAAAAGUAUAAGGAUGCACCAGUGAACCUGCAGUUAGUGGGAAAGAGGUUAAGAGAGGAGAAUCUGUUGGCUGUUGCCGAAGUUGUGGAAGGGGUUAUCAGAGGUGUGAGUGAUGGCACCAAAAGCGGCAAUACGGUGAAGCGUGCUGAAAGGACGGAAAUGGUUCAGAGUCGACUGUAG